GGCGGGCGAGCCAACGGGAGGCUGCGAGCGGCGGUACUCUGCCUCCAUCACCAUCCUCCGAGGAGACGGCCACACACGGACGGAAAAGGACUCUUUUGUCUUCGUUCACGCGGAACAUGGCGUCAAAAUGUCCCAAAUGCGACAAGACGGUUUAUUUCGCGGAGAAGGUGUCGUCUUUGGGGAAAGACUGGCACAAGUUCUGUCUGAAGUGUGAACGCUGCAACAAGACGCUGAACCCAGGAGGCCACGCCGAGCACGACGGGACGCCGUACUGCCACAAGCCCUGCUACGCCGCCCUCUUCGGCCCCAAAGGCGUGAACAUCGGCGGAGCCGGCUCCUACGUGUACGACGACCCCGCUGCCAACGAAGCCCCCGCCGCUGUUUCCAUGGAGACGGACGGCAAGCCGGUGGAGGGGAAAAAAGGCCCCGCCCGGGGGCCGGUGAAGGCUGCCAGCUUCUCCUCGUUCUCCGGAGGACCCAACAUCUGCCCCAGAUGCAACAAGACGGUUUAUUUCGCUGAGAAGGUGUCGUCUCUGGGGAAGAACUGGCACCGGCCCUGCCUGCGCUGCGAGCGGUGCAGCAAGACUCUGGCUGCCGGCAGCCACGCGGAGCACGACGGACAGCCGUACUGCCACAAGCCGUGUUACGCCGUGCUGUUUGGGCCUAAAGGUGUGAACACUGGAGGUGUGGGCAGCUACAUCUACGACCAACCUGCCGAGGCCGAAGCUGAGGCCCAGCCCUGAGCCGUGACUCCGCCUCCAGCUCUUCCAGGCUCCGCCCCCCCCGUGCGUCGAUUCGUCUUCUACUGUUGAUAGCGGCACGUGAUGUGAACACAGGGAUGGAUAGCUAGAUGUGUUCUGUGUUUGGAUAUUCUUUAAAUAUAUAUAUUUUUUGUACUGAUACAAACCUUUAACCAGUUUAAAAUCUGCCUUUUGGUUUCUCGGUUCUCUUUGCCAAAUAAUUAUGGAUAAAGGCCCAUCACGUAUAAUAUUCCUCAGACUUUUGUGCACUUAAAAGUUGUACCGAGCAAAACGUAUUGUAAGUGUUUGUCUAACGGAGGGAGGAGGUGGAGACGUAGCAUUCGUCUCUCUGAAUGUUAUGAAAUGCUGUGGGUCACAUUUUCUACAGUAAAACAGUGUGAUAACAAACUGGUGUUCAGUGUUCAUUUCAUUACAAAUCAGCAGCAGUAGCCGUCAAAUUGUUUGUUUUGUUCCAUCGUGCAAUACUAUUCAUUUCAUAACUAUUUGAAAUGGAAAAAAAACAUUGAUGCAUUGCAAGCAUGAAGCGGGAGUAUUUAAAAAAAAAACAUGAUUUACAUUCUUCACAGACAAAUGCUUUGCUCACAUGAAAUAAAAUUG